GUCUUUUUCCGGUGCGCAAGGUAAAGUGUCAAAGAGUUUGUUGAAAGUUUUGCGAAAUCUGUAAAAAUUUGUGUGAUCUUUUCUAUUUAAGUGCAUUUUGAAAUAGUGCCAAUAUGUUACGAAGUCAUUCUACUUAUUUUAUUCCAUAUUUCAGGUUUACUACAAAUUUUAAACCAUGGCCGAUGUCGAUGUCGAGGUCCCCAACAACCCCGUCCUGAGCGGAGGGGCUAUGGAUGUGAACACAGCUUUACAGGAAGUUCUUAAGACUGCCCUCAUCCACGGCGGACUUGUGCACGGUCUCCACGAAGCUACUAAAGCUCUUGACAAGAGGCAAGCAGUACUCUGUGUAUUGGCUGAAAACUGUGAUGAGGCUGCAUACAAGAAAUUAGUGCAGGCCCUUUGCAAUGAGCAUCAAAUCCCACUUGUGAAGGUGGACAACAACAAAAAACUCGGUGAAUGGGCAGGUUUAUGCAAGAUCGACAAAGAUGGCAAGGCCAGGAAAAUUGUUGGAUGCUCAUGCGUUGUUAUCAAAGACUUCGGUGAGGAGACACCAGCGUUGGAUGUGCUCAAAGACUACUUAAAGUCUUCAAGCUAAUCCUUAGGUCUAAUGUCUAUAAAUAAACAAUAAAAAACCAAAAAAAUUA